AAUAUUGUCCAUAAAUGGAAGAGCAACGAGUUUCAAUAUUUUAAAAUUUUUGAUGUCUUGAAAUGGGAAACAGUCCACACCUUGUUUAAGAUAAAUAUAUAUAUAUUAUAUAUUAAAAUGAAAAUAGAAAACCCUUUAUCUGUAAUUACAAGCAAAACUGUUGAAUAUUCAACGCUUCAGUUUUCAUCAGAUUAUUACAAAGGUGGAAGAAUAAACACUAACAAGAUUCUUAUCUUCCAUUACAUCUUUUACAUUAAACAGAAUAUGAAGUUCUGAUGGAAGGCAGAAAAGUGAAUAUAAUCGCUGCUACAUCAGUGAUUACAGUGAUAAUUAUUGUAAUAAUUUCUCGUGUCUUGUUGAAACACUCGGAGGUUUUCUUCCUCAUAUGUGGUGCUGGUGUUGCAGUGAUCCUUGCAGUCAUUGCUUUUGCAUUUCUUAGCUCACGCCACAAACGCCGAACGAGAAUAUUGGAAUCAGAGUUAAAAUCAGAAAGUCAAGAGCUUCGAAUAGAGUACAGUUUCUUAAGAAAAAUUGCAGGGGUUCCAACAAAAUUCAGAUACAAGGAGCUUGAAGAAGCAACAGAUGGGUUUCAAUCACUUAUUGGAAGAGGUUCUUCAGCUUCUGUUUUCAAAGGAAUUCUAAAUGAUGGAACUUCGGUCGCUGUGAAAAGAAUUGAUGCAGAAGAAAGAGGAGAAAGAGAGUUCAAAUCAGAAGUUGCAGCUAUAGCUAAUGUUCAACAUGUGAAUCUUGUGAGACUUUUUGGGUAUUGUAAUUCUUCUAAAGCUCCUAGGUACCUUGUUUAUGAUUUUAUCUCAAAUGGAUCAUUGGAUUGUUGGAUUUUUCCCAAAAGGGAAUCUCAAAGGCGUCCGCGUCGCAGCGGAUGCUUGUCGUGGAAUUUGAGGUAUAAAGUUGCAAUUGAUGUUGCUAAAGGACUAGCAUAUCUUCAUCACGAUUGUAGAUCAAGGAUCUUACACCUUGAUAUAAAGCCGGAAAAUAUACUCUUGGAUGAGUGUUUUAGAGCACUUGUUUCUGAUUUUGGUCUCGCAAAACUUACCGCUAAAGGCGAAAGCCAGUCGGUGUCUGCAAUAAGAGGAACAAGAGGGUACAUGGCACCUGAAUGGCUUUUAGAACAGGGUAUUUCAGAUAAAACCGAUGUAUAUAGUUAUGGAAUGGUUUUAUUGGAGAUUGUUGGAGGAAGAAAAAAUGUAUGUUUAAUUGAAGAUGAAAAGGACAGGUCAAAAAGGAAAUGGCAAUAUUUUCCAAAGAUUGUAAAUGAGAAAGUGAAACAAGGGAAAAUGAUGGAAAUUGUUGAUCAUAGGUUAAUGGAAUGUGGGGGUGUUGAUGAGAUAGAGGUGUAUAAAUUGGUUUAUACUGCUCUAUGGUGUGUCCAAGAGAAGCCAAGGUUAAGACCUAGUAUGGCUAGAGUGGUUGAUAUGCUUGAAGGGCGUGUGAGAGUGGAGGAGCCACCUAGUAGUAAAAUGAUUCUUGUUGAUUUUCUCUGUGUUGAUGAUGAUAAUGUUGUUGCAGAUAGUAAUAACAUUAACAUGCCAAGGUUGGACACUAUGUCUAGUCAAGGAACACAAAGCAAUGUGGAAUGUAAUUCUACAUACUCUUUUGCUACUACUGAUUUUUCUGGAAGAUAGUUCUUAGUUGCUACUAUGUAUGAUUAUAUAUGGAACCAUGUUAUUAUUUGAUUCUGCUUCAUGUUCUUCCCUUUUCUCUUGUAAUUUUUUUCUUUCUUUCAAAUUUUUUAAGUAAAAAUGUAAUUUACCUCGAGCUCGGAAUCAGUGGCCUUAAAUAUUUUGAGCAAGAUAUUUUUGUCUUUGUGGUUCUAUACUUCUAUGUUAGCACUAUAAAUAAUUAGUCUCUAUAGUUGUGUGGAGUCGUGCUGAGAUAUCCCAUUGACGUCAUAAAAAAAAGUUGUUGAUUUUUUUAUUGUUGGGCAAGAAUAUUAAUUUUUGACAAGUUAAUUAAUAAAUUAGUACCUAUUUGCUGGGUCUUCUA